AUGGGGGAUAUGUACGAGUGUCCCCAGCCUGUGCGGGUGGCGGUUCAGGUCCCACCCCGGGCCGCUCCGCCCGUCAGCCGGUACGGACCCACCACCGCUGCGCCUAAGCGCGACACCAAACUGCCAGCUCCCCGGACGGACCCGACCAGCUCCGAUGACUACGAGUGCCCGGCGGCGGUGGUCAUCCGCCCGCAGCCCGUACGUACGGCUCCCAUGGUGUCGUCUUCGCCUAGGCCCAUCCACCGAGCCAACAACUACCCUGCCGGAGCCCCAAAAAGGACCAAUUCGUCGGGCGAGAAGACCAGCUACCGGGCCAGCUUCCUGAUCUUCACCCUGCUGAUGGUGCUGUCCGUCAGUCUGCAGGUGUCUGCCUUCAUCCUGUCCAUGUCUGCCGGGAACGACGCUGAGGAACUACGCGAACAGCAAAAGAAGUUUCAACUGAAGACAGAGGGACGCUUCAAAGCACUGGAAGCUCAACUGGCAAAGCAGAAGGCAGCCCUUUCUAAGGCCCAGAAGCAUGCUGGACCCACUGAGAAACCAGAAGGUGAAGCAAUGACCACGGCCACAGCCUUGGAGGAUGCGGCCAUGAACGUGGAGAAGAUCCCCACGGCCAAGCAGCAGAAGCGCCUGACCAGGGCCACCCCCGACGCCAAGGCUGCCCCCCUGCCUCUGCAUGCCACCACCCCGGAGCCUGAAGCACAGGCACCCUUCGGAGGCAUCCAGUUGGACUACAUGAUGGACAGCUUUGCAAAGGAGGACUGUGCUGACUGGUACAUGGCAGGCGUCAUUGAGGACGGCCCACGGUUCAUCCGGCCCAGGGGUACUCGCACCAAUCAGGAGGUGUACUGCCACAUGGACCAGGAGGGGGGAUGGACUGUCAUCCAUGCUCGCAAGGGAUUCAAUCCAGGCCUCUACCAUGAGCCCUGGUACAUCUUCAAGAAGGGCUUCAAGCUGGAGGGCUGGGAGUCCUUCUGGCUGGGGAACGACCUGAUCCACAACAUCACCCGCCAGACGACCUACCAGCUCAAGGUCAUCGGAACCAAGGACGGAACCUACCCGACCGUGGCUGCACGUCAUACAAUGUUCCGUGUUGGGAAUGAAGAAGAAGGCUACCGACUGAGCCUGGGGGAUUUCAUGGAGGGCGAUGCUGGCAACAUCCUGGAGAUGUACGACGGACAGCCGUUCGUCACCGCGGAUAGAAGGAUGGAGCCUGAUGUUCCUGGGUGGUGGGCAUCCAUACAUGCUCUGGGCCAAUGGCUCCGCAGCUAUGCCCCAGGCAUGCCAUUUGUGGACAUGGUGGACCUUAAGAUGAUGAUCAAACCGACUUAAAGGUUGCGUACUUGACUCAUUUGGUCUUGCUUAAUUGUGAUUGGCCAAACUGUUUAAAUGAAGACACCAUAUUGUCUGAAACAGCUACAUGUAGGUCAAUCGCAUGGCAUUUCCCUUAAUAAUAGCCUCAAUUGCAGGUUCCUGUUGGAAUUGUGUUUCUUUUCUUAUCACAUGGUUUCUUAUCACAUUCAUAUUGGGGAGUUGGCCAUCUAUUGAUUCAAGAACAUGUGAGAGAUCAGAAAACAGAACCGAGCAGCCUUUGUAAGGGCACGGUCACAUAGGUCAUGCGAUUAUUGUACGAUUUUGAUGUCAUGGAUUUACAAACAGGCUGUGACAGAACCAACCACCGACAUGGAUCCAAAACAGCAUUUUUGUGUACCAAGACAGUUGAACUUUGCAAGAGACGUACGUUUUUGUCCUCCCAAAUGCCCAAAGUUAGCGAUCGUACGACAAUUGCACGACCUUUAUGUGACUAUGCCCUAAGUACUGCUUCUCCUAUUGGGUCAGUUAGUCCUCACUCUUAGUGAGCAAUGUUUCUGACUCAGGGACAAGAGAUGCCAUUACAGUUGCAUACAAAUGUAUGUAUGUAACAUGCAACUCCAGAGUGGCCUUCAGAUCACACCUUGCACCUUGUAUAUGCCUUGCACCUUCAGGUCUUGUACGUGGUAACUGGUAACCAUUAAGUAAAAAAAGAAUUUAAAAAAACAACAGAAACAAAACGGCACAAAUCAGAAAAAAAGCCACAGAAAAAAAACUAGCCACUAUAAAGGCUUCUGCAGGAGGCAGAGGAUCAUUAUCUCAUUAUCACUGUAUAGUUUGAAAUGCUGUCAAAAAAUCUGAACUUCAUGACAUGACAAUCAUUUACAUUGAUGAAAUUGUAUUUUUAUAAGCUUGAGAUGACAAAUUUUGCAAAGGAAAUUGUCAACAUGGGCUCCCAAACAAUGAGAAUUUAAAGCUGAAGACAGUCUUGGAUACUUCAUGGAGAAUCUUGUAUCAAUGUGUGACAAUUUAUUUUGCUGUGGUGUUUUGGAGUUUGACACCUUUUUUUAUUAUGAUGUAACGUUACAUAGUGUAGACUUUACCAUCUUUCUUGUUUAAUUUUUUAUCAGAGAUGUCAAAUGAUUGCAAAAUGUCAUUAUUAUCUAUGACUGAAAGACUGUAUGAAAGAUCUAUUGUACAAUCUAAAACAAAACUUUUAAAGCCUGUUGGCUGAAUUUCACUUUUUUUAGCAGAAUAUUCAUAGAGCUCACAAUUUAAAGCCUUUUCAAUACUAUAUCUACGUCAAGUGUUGACAAUUUUUCUACCAUUGCCUUUAGAUGACGUUGUAUAACAGAAAAUUUUGUCCUUUGUUAUUCAUGCAUAAUAAUGUGUAUAGUCGAAGGACACUUUAACAGAGAUUUGCGCAUAUCUGUAUGAACAUACAAAGUGUACUUAUUAUUUAAAAAAUAAUCAUAAUUGCAAUGUAAUAUAAUAUAUAAUAUAAUGUAACAUAAUUACUAUAAUUUCAAAUUGCACCUAUUCUGUUCUCAUGAAUUCUCAUCUGUUCCAUAGUGCGUGGUGUCUAACUAAUUUGUGUCUGAAUAGCAAAUAACUAAAAGAUGAAAAAAAUUGUAUGUCAGGUUCGGAACAAUUACGGGUGAUUGUACAGAGAAGGUUCUAGUUGCUCCAGAUUUAAUAUUCAUUGAUUUGUUAUAGAUGAUUGAGCAUGCAGAAAUUGUCUACCAUGCUUUUGUAAUAUUUCAACAAGAGUGAUAGCAAUUUAAAUGAAUUUUUUAUUGUUAAUAUGAAUGUUUUUUUAAAUCUCUGUUGAGUGAUGUUGAAUAAUGAAAGCAAGUUAGUUGUCUGAAACUUUCAAUCAAAUUGUUGGAAAGCAUGUGUCAUAUACAUGUGAGAGAUUGUAAAUAGUAUGCCUGUAGAUGUAUUUGUGAACAAACCUUUUUACAGAGUAAAUUUUCUGGUGAGGACAUUUUGGCUUAACAAAAUUGAUCGAUUGAAAUGUUGUAAAAAGCUGUGAAGAAAUAUUCCAUGAUUUUUUUUGUCCUUAACAAGCUUUAGCAGUCACACAAUUCUACAUUAGAGUUGCCAUCCUGGAAGGUACAUUGCUAAAAUAUAUGCAAAAUGUACGCAAUUAUCGAUUUCCAAAAGAAAAAAGCAAUGUAGUAUGAGUGAUGUUUGUAAGAUACUUGUGAAGUAAUAUUUUUGGUGGAAACAUGACUUGUAGGCAUUGCUUCAUUGUAUUAAUAAUAGUGUACAACAGAUUUUAGUGACUUAACUAUCCCAUCAUGCAUCAUACUGGUUGACAAA